AUGGCCAAGGCAACUUUGUCCUCUGAGGAGCGACAUCAGGGGCUCCACACUGUUAGUGAAAUAGACUUGGCUAAAAUAAUCCAGGUGUGCCACAAAACCAUCAAACAAGCAAACAAUGGCAAGACAAGUCAUGUGACUAUUUCUGGCCAAUCACCAGUGAAUGGAAAUGACCAGUGUCUCUUCUGGGCAGAAGAGGUGGAGUGUGACUCUCUAGCUCUGUCUUCUACUAUCUUAGCAAACAUGGAGAAUGCAUACACAGCCACAGCUAUCAACAGCACCAACUUCUGCACCUCAGCAAAAGAUGCCUUUGUCAUUCUGGUGGAGAAUGCUUUGCGAGUGGCUGCCAUCAACACAGUGGGAGACUUCAUGUUAUUCUUAGGCAAGGUGCUGAUAGUCUGCAGCACAGGUUUGGCUGGGAUUAUGCUGCUCAACUACCAGCAGGAUUACACAGUAUGGGUGCUGCCUCUGAUCAUCGUCUGCCUCUUUGCUUUCCUAGUCGCUCAUUGCUUCCUGUCCAUUUACGAAAUGGUAGUGGAUGUAUUAUUCUUGUGUUUUGCCAUUGAUACAAAAUACAAUGAUGGGAGCCCUGGCAGAGAGUUCUAUAUGGAUAAAGUGCUGAUGGAGUUUGUGGAAAACAGUAGGAAAGCAAUGAAAGAAGCUGGUAAGGGAGGCGUUGCUGAUGCCAGAGAGCUAAAGCCUAUGCUGAGGAAAAGGUGACUGGUCUCAUGAGGCCGGAAGAAUGGACUCAGAGGAGGCUGUUUACACGAGCUUCUCCCACAUACCAGCUGUUGUGAGUCUGGGAGGAAGAGCAGGAUCUUAUUACUUCAAUGAAGCCUGGGACAAGAUUCCCCAACCACCACCAGCCAAGUGGAUUUGCUGCAGUGGGGCUGUCUAAUAAAUGAUUAAUCCCAAGCAUUUGAUAGUAAUCUGUCUUGCAGCAGUGUCUUCAAACUUUGUGUUGCUUUCUCUCCCAGCCUUGCAUAUAUUUAAGAAUCUCUCCCUGCUUCUUACCUAGUGUCAGAAUUGGCCUGAUGUCUGGAUAUGCAAGGGAAUUCUCUUAGUGCAGCCUGGGUUUGUCCUCUUUAACCCUGCUAUUUAUAGAACUGAUGUGGCUAAUAACUACUUCAGAUCAAGCAUUAGGAUGGAUGUUCUAGCACUUAAAUAGCCCUGAAAGUUUGUGCCUGUUAUUGUUAUCUCCACUUUGCCUAUGAGGAAAUGGAAGCCCAGAGAGGUGGUGUGCUGUGGAUAAGAUCACACAGUUGACAGGAUUAGGAUUCAAAUCCAGGACUAACUCCAAAGCCCCUUCACUGUAACGCUAUGCUUUGCUCCUUAUUGCUCCAGAUAGUUACCCUAUAAUAUCAUCACAGGUAUCACUUACUCUUGUGAAUGGGAGUGGGGAUGGUGAUGUAUUACGUGGAAAUGUCUCAGAGGAAGGAUCAGGGAGACAUCAGCAGUACAGAAGAAUCACAGAAGGAUUUUCUAAGCAAAAUAAUAAUGUUCUUUUAUGGCCUGUCUGUCAAAUCUGGCCCCCAACCUUUUUUUUUGUAAAUAAAGUUUUAU